AUGGCCGACCUGGCUGUCGCUAGCGCAUCGUCUGGAGGACCCUCGACCGACUGGCCGGCAAGGUUCGCCCACGUCGACAAGCUUCUCGAUCGGCCAGGCCCAUACACCGACGAAGCAUUCCAGGCCGGCACCACCGUCAAGUCGUUUCUCCGCGACCAAUGCAAGAUCCUUGUGAUUGGCGCCGGCGGUCUCGGAUGCGAGAUCCUCUCCAACCUCGCCCUCUCGGGCUUUCGCGACAUACACGUCAUCGACAUGGACACCAUCGACGUGUCCAAUCUUAACCGCCAGUUCCUCUUCCGCGAGCGCGACGUGGGCAGGCCAAAGGCGACUGUGGCGGCCGAGUUUGUCGAGAAGCGGGUGCCGGGAGUCAAGGUGACGCCCUUCCACGGCAAGAUCCAGGACAAGGACGACGCCUUCUACAUGCAGUUCAACAUUGUCAUCUGCGGCCUCGACUCGGUCGAUGCGCGCCGCUGGAUCAAUGCGACCCUGGUCAACCUGGUCGACUCCGACGACCCCGAGUCGCUCAAGCCGCUCAUCGACGGCGGCACCGAGGGCUUCAAGGGCCAGGCGCGCGUCAUUCUGCCGACGAUCACAUCGUGCUACGAGUGCAGCCUGGACAUGCUCAACAAGCAGACGACCUACCCGAUCUGCACCAUCGCCAACACGCCCCGCUUGCCCGAGCACUGCAUCGAAUGGGCCAGCGUGCUCGAGUGGCCGCGCGUCUUUGGAGACAAGAAGCUCGACAACGACGACCCAGAGCACAUUUCCUGGCUGCUCGAGCACGCGAGCGCGCGCGCCAAGCAAUUUGACAUUUCGGGCGUCACGUAUGCACUGACGCAGGGCGUCGUCAAGAACAUCAUCCCGGCCAUUGCCAGCACCAAUGCCAUCAUCGCAGCGGCGUGCGUGCAAGAGGCGUUCAAGUUUGCCACGACGGCGGCACCCUACCUCAACAACUACAUGAUGUUCACGGGCAACGACAGCGUCUACACGUACACGUUUGAGCACGACAAGCGGCCCGACUGCCCCGUGUGCGGCGGCGAGAGCCGCGCCCUCGACGUCGACGCCGACGCCAAGCUCGAGGACCUCGUCGAGCGCCUGCGCGAGCUGGCCGACCUGCAGAUCACCAAGCCCUCGCUCUCGCUCGACGGCAAGCCCAUCUACUACCAGGCGCCGCCGCAGCUCGAGGAGGCCACGCGGCCCAACCUGGCCAAGCCGCUGCGCGACCUCGUCGACGAGGGCGACGAGCUCACCGUCACCGACGCCCGGCUGCCCUUUACGCUCGGCAUCGUGGUCCGCUUCAAGGCGACCAAACCGGUCGCCGCCGCCACCACCGCCGCCACCACCUAG